UGAGUUAGUCGUGGGCGGAAAUUAGUAGAACCCGUCGAACUAGUCUCUGGUUUUGUACGAGAACGAGGCACUGCCUUCAGAUGGUUGCUUGACCGACCAACGCGCGCCGGUUCUCCACCAGUUCCAAACACCCGCAAUACUUUUUUCCAUUUUUUAUAAUAAAUCCGUCUCUUACCUCUUGGGCAAUCGGAUCACCCCAUCAAUCAUAUUCACCUCUUCUUUCAGUGUGAUACGUGAAUCUUGUGUAACUCUGGAAUUAUUUUUUUUAGUGAUUUUUUAGUGUGUCUUCUGAGGACAGAUCAAUUUUUUUUAUCGAUUCUUGUGAGUCAUUGGGAACAAUCGAUGAUAGUUUGUUGGAAGACCAUUGACCCGGGCUGUUGUGUCUCGUGACGAUUGAUCUGGGGAUUCGAUCGCGGAAAUUAUUACGUCAUGGCAGGAAUGCUACCACCUAAGGCAUCGUGAUGCCGAGGGAGAUUUGCCCCAGGCUGCUGAGGGUGGGCCUGGUAUUGCUCAGUACUCUGGAAGCCAUAAAAUCAAGUGAACUUCACUCAUCCCAAUCCAAUCCCGAGCUCUGUCAUCAUGGGUUGGAAUUCUGGUCAACGGACAAGUCUGGAUGCACCCCGUGCACAAAAUGUGCACCGGAAUUCACAAUAAGUCCGUGCGCCGUUCACAAAGAUGCUAUUUGUGGACCGCUAUCAGCACUCGAGCUGGACUGGUCCUUCCUGGGUAACAGAAGAAAAUCAGACAUUAAUCAGAGGUUGGAUGUAACCGAGAAGAUGAUGUGGCGUGUUUCAAAUGUCGAUGGAAGACCGGAAACGUUGAGGUCAAGCGAGAGUCGACGUGAAAUCGAUGAUGAGUUGAGUGCAUCCGGUCUCGAUGAUGAUGAGGGCUUAAUUGAUCCUCAGCAGUUGCAGAUAUCGCCGGAGGUGCCCAAGGAGAGGCGAUCUAGCAAUGACAAUGAUCAUUUACCGUGGGAUUGGCAGACCAGUGCUCUUGUCCUCGCUGUAUGUGCCUGCAUAGUAUUCUUCAUGGUUGCCGGAUGCUCGGCUCUUAUCUACGUCCGGCAAUGGCGACGGAUGAAGAGGAAUUUUCAGCCAGCUGGUCUUGAGGAGAUAUCAGCGAGACUGAAUUUAAUGGUAAAGGCUGAACUUGCUGAGCUCAGCGCAGGUGCCCCCAUGAACCCAGGGGAUCCUGAAACAAGGUGCCAAUAUCUCGAGAAACUUUUAGACCGGAAACGAGAGACUCCGGUGGUGGCAGGAUGGCCGGAAGCAGGGGGAAACUUGUACAUCGAAGAGGGAGAAACGUCUAGGAGUAAACGUGCACAGAUUUCCCGGAUUCAACGCAACAUCGAGAGCAUCCUCAGUCACAAGACUACACGGGACUGAUUUUUCAAACGAAAGCAUUUUUUUUUUUUCUCAAUUUUGUAUUAUCAUAAAUCUAUGCCAGACUCUGUCGACAUCAGUCAGUUGAUUGAUGGAUUUAAUGGAGAAUUAUUCGUCUUCGGGCUCCCGUUGCCUCGAGUUGAAGAUUAUCGAGACACGUGGAGCAAUGACGAUGCGCCACAAUCUUUUAAUGAUUAUUUAUUUUUAUUAGAUUUUUAAUACCAAUUGUAAUAUAAAACUGUAAGAAUUCAAUUGACAAUAAAUUAAUACAGACCAGA